AUUUGUCAAUGCAAGUCAACCGAAACAGUCUUCUCUGGACUCAGUAAUGGGAUCCCCCAAUUCAGAUUUUCGAUCUUAAUGGAAACAUCAAAUCUUGUUGAUUCAUUAGGGUUCCCACCAAUGGAAGACGCAGCAGAAGAAGUAUCAAUAUCUAAAACAAUGGCGAUAAUUGCAUGUACGUCAAUGUCAAUCUUGUAUGUUGCAAUACUUUACUCACCAACAUUGAUUCUUCGUCUUCCAAAUCCAUCUACUUUGAAUAGUUUCAUGAUCCGAAGGUUUAUUUGUGCUGCUGUUUCUUCUGUUAUAUCGGUUUUUCUCUGUGCAUUUCUUCUCAUCCCUGUGGGAAAAUGGGGUUUGUCAUCUUUGUUUGGACUUUAUGGUAUCCGGGCGGAUCAUAUGUGGAAUGCUGUGGUUUAUCCUCUCUCCUUAACUUCGCUCUUGUACACUGGAUGGUUCGUGACAAUGCUUAUAUCUCCAAAGAAAUCAAGGAAUGAAGAUAAUGUAAAUGGUGAUUUGUUCUGGUGUUUGAAAAACUCCAUCCGGGGGUUUCUUGAGCGCAUGACUUCAUUAACUUCCAACGUUUUGGCUUGGCGCAAUUAUGUGGUGGCGCCACUGACAGAAGAGGUGGUAUUCAGGGCAUGUAUGAUACCUUUGCUUCUUUGUGGAGGAUUCAAACCUUAUACGAUCAUAUUUUUCAGCCCCAUUUUCUUUAGCUUGGCACAUUUGAAUCAUUUUCUGGAGCUAUAUUUUCAGCAAAAUUAUACUUUUCUCAAAGCCUCCUUGAUCGUAGGUCUACAACUUGGGUACACCGUACUUUUUGGUUCAUAUGCAUCUUUUCUCUUCAUCCGAACAGGACAUCUGAUAGCUCCUGUUGUCGCUCAUGUAUUCUGUAACAUAAUGGGAUUGCCAAUGCUAUCAUCACAAAGAAAAGGAUUAUCAGUCGCUGCAACUGUAGCUGGAUUCUUGGGUUUUAUCUGGUUACUGUUUCCAGCAACAAAUCCCAAUCUGUAUAAUUACAGAACCGAUAAUUGCCUAUGCUGGCAUGGAUACUGUACUUUAUGAGUUAAAAAUCUGUAAAUCGCAAAAACCAGAGUGUCAGUAAUGUUCCUUGGUCAAAAAGAUGUCCAUGUCCUUUGUACUACUAAUUUAAGUUGGUUCUUUCCACUUGCAAA